GGGCUAGGGGGAGAAAGCAAGCAGGGAAGAGAGACCAGGAGGAGGUGGUGAGAGGAGCGACAUUUGAGUAAGGAGCUGAAGGAGGUGAGGGAAGAUGUUCCAGGUGGCAGGCACAGCUUGUGCAAAGGCCCUGAGGCAGGUCUGGGCCUGGCGUAUAUGAAGUGCAGCGAGGAGGCUCGUGUGGCUGGAGCAGAGGGAGGAUGAGGAGAGAGGGAGGAUGGAGGGCAGGGAGGGGACAGGCAGCUCCUGGGGGCCUGGAGGACAGCAGGGAGGCCUCAGGCCUCCUCCUGGAGGAAGGUGGAGCCUGGGGGACUGCGGGCAGAGGAAAGACCGGAUGUGGCUCAGGUUAUACCAAGGUGACCAUCCUCCCCACCUCCUAGGGUUGUUGCAAGGACGAAUAGGUGCGCCUGGCAGAGAGUGAGCGCUGGCACACGCUCAGCUGUCCCCGCCCCUAAUUAUCCAUCAUCCUUGUUGUUCCCGCGCACGCCGGGCGGCCCAGGGGAGCGCGCAGCUGGCCCCGGCAGGGCUCGGACACCUGGGGCCCGGCCCCUCCCCGCACCCCGCGGUGUCGCCUUGCCGGGCUGCUCGUGUUCCCGGAUCCCCUUACCCGGGCGGCUCGGCUGUCGCGCCCUGGGCCGGGGGAGGGGAGGCUGCAGGAAGCGGCGGAUCCGGCGGCGGCUGCGACGGCGGCCCGGGUGGCCGAGCGCCUCAGGCCAUGGAGAGCGCAGCUGCCCGCGAGCCCCGGGGGGCCGAGGCCCCGCGCCCGUCCGCGCCCCCGCCCUCGCCAGCGGAGCCCCCCGCCGCGCCCCGCGCCCGCCCGCGCCUCGUCUUCCGCACGCAGCUGGCGCACGGCAGCCCCACGGGCAAGAUCGAGGGCUUCACCAACGUCCGCGAGCUCUACGCCAAGAUCGCCGAGGCCUUCGGGAUCGCGCCCACCGAGAUCCUGUUCUGCACCCUGAACAGCCACAAAGUGGACAUGCAGAAGCUCCUGGGCGGCCAGAUCGGGCUGGAGGACUUCAUCUUUGCCCACGUGCGCGGCGAGACGAAGGAGGUGGAGGUCACCAAGACGGAGGACGCGCUGGGACUGACCAUCACGGACAACGGGGCGGGCUACGCCUUCAUCAAGAGGAUCAAAGAGGGCAGCAUCAUCAACCGCAUCGAGGCCGUGUGCGUGGGUGACAGCAUCGAGGCCAUCAACGACCACUCCAUCGUGGGCUGCCGCCACUAUGAGGUGGCCAAGAUGCUCCGGGAGCUGCCCAAGGCCCAGCCCUUCACCCUGCGCCUGGUGCAGCCUAAGAGAGCCUUUGAUAUGAUCGGCCAGAGGAGCCGCGGCAGCAAGUGCCCUGUGGAAGGAAAGGUGACCAGCGGGAGGGAGACCCUGCGGCUGCGUUCGGGGGGCGCCGCCACGGUGGAGGAGGUGCCCGGUGAAUUCGAAGAGGAGGCGACACGGAGGGUGGACGACCUGCUGGAGAGUUACAUGGGCAUCCGGGACCCAGAGCUGGGUAAGGGGCCAGGCGUCCACGAUGGUGGAGACGUCCAAGAAGACGGCGAGCGUCCAGGAGUUUGCGCGCCUUUUAGACUCCGUCUUGGGCGAGUUCGCCUUCCCGGACGAGUUCGUGGUGGAGGUGUGGGCCGCCAUCGGCGAGGCCAGGGACGCCUGUGGCUAGGCUGCCCCGGAGCGGCGCGCAGCCCCAGCCCGGAGCCCGGACCCCCGCCCCAGCCCCCACCCGAGAGCCAGCCCUGCUCCAGAGCCAGGCUCAGCUCUGAGAGCCAGCCCCAACCCGAGAGCCAGCCCAGCUCCAGAACCCAGCCCUGUUCCCAAACCCAGCCCUCCUCUAGAAUCCAGGACAGCUCUGAGGCUAAGCUGAGCUCUGACACCAAGUCCAGUUCUGGAACCCAGACAAGUUUUAAGACCCAACCCAGCUCUCCGACCAAGCCCCGCCAUAAAGCUCCACCCAACUCUGGAACGCAAGACAACUCCGUGACACAGCCACACCUGGACACCCAGUCUAGCUCAGGAACGCCAGUCAGUUCUGGGACCCAGGCGAGACUCCAGAAACAGCCCAGCUACAGAAGCCACGCCAGCUCAGGACUCAAAGACGUCUCCCCGAGGCAAGCCCAUGCACGGAGCCAGCCCAGCUCAGGAACUGAGAGGCGCGCUGCAGCUCCGUCCAGAUCGAGACCCCAGCCCUGCUCUGAAACCCUGCGACACUCCAGUACAUACCCCCAUCCCGGGGCCCAGUCCGGCUCCAGUGCCGAAUCCAGCUCAGAGACUGAGCCCAGCCCUAGACCCCAGCUCAGUGCCACAACCAGGCCCAUCUCCAGAAUUCAGACAAGCUCUGGAACCCCAUCCAUCUCCGAAGCAACGCCCGCCUCCAGAACUCAGCUUGAUGCUGAGCCCCACUCUCACCACAGAACGCAGACCAGCUCUAGAAUGCUGUCCAACUCCGGGACCCAGACCGACUUCAGGGCCUGGCCAAGGGCCAGAACUCAGUCCAGCUCAGGCACUCCACCCAGCUCCAGAACCCAGCUCACUUCUGGAGCACAGACUGGCUCUGAAAUCCCAGCCGGCUCCAAAAUGCGGUCAGUGGCAGAGACCCAGGUAAGUUCUGGAAUCCAGGCAAACUCUGGAAUCCAAUCUAGCCCUGGGACCCAGACCAAUGCAGCAACGGACUUAGUCUCUAGAACUCUGUCCAGCUCCGAUAGCAGACCCAGCUCCAGGAUCCAGCCCUGCCCAGGAGCUCAACCAACCUCUGAGACCCAGCUCAUCUUGAAAACCCUGACGAGUUCUAGAUACCAGCUCCAGGCCACAAGCCAAGGCAGCUCUGGUAUUGAGCUGGACUUUGGAAAACAGACCAGCUCUGGAGCUCAGCUCAUCUCUAGAGCCCAGCCCAGCUCUGGGACCCAGGCCAGUGCAAGAAUUCAGCCCAGCUCUGGAGCCCAGGUCAGCUCCAGAACCCCGCCCAGCUCCAGGAUUCAGUUCAGCUCUGAGACCCAGCCCAGGUCAAGAAUACAGCUCAGCUCUGGAGCCCACCUUAGUUCCAGAACCCAGCCUAUUUCUGGAACCCAACCCAGCUCCGGAACUCAGACCAGUUCUGGAACUCAGUUCAGCUCUGAGACCCAGCCCAGCUCUGAAACCCAGACCAGCACAAGAAUUCAGCCUAGCUCUGGAGGCCAGCUCGGCUCCAGAACCCAGCCCACCUCCAGGAUUCAGCUCAGCUUUGAGACCCAGCCCAACUCUGAAACCCAAACCAGGUCAAAAGUUCAGCCCGGCUCUGGAGCCCACCUCAGUUCCAGAACCCCGCCUAUUUCUGGAACUCACCCCAGCUCCAGAACCCGGACCAGCUCAAGAAUCCAGCUCAGCUCUGGAAACGGGCUCCGUCUGCAGACCCCUGAGCUUGACUCUAGAACCCAACCUGAGCCCACUCCCCCAGCCCGACCUCAGCCCCCAGGCCCACCACCCGGAGGCCCGGCUCCGGUCCCUAGCAAAGUCUCUCGGCCUCAGCCCCAGCCCCAUGAUCUGGUACAUGGAACCCAGGCCGACACUGGCCGGGGCCGAAGCCCACCAGCUUCCCACCUGGCCCCCCCACCACAGGCCCCCUCAGCCCCCCAGAAACCAGCCCUCUCCCCUAAGCCUCAGCUGGGACUCGGGAAGUCCACGUCACCCCUCAUAUUUAGUCCUGCCCCCAGGGCAGCCCUGCUGUGUUCCCGGCCCUCUGGACCCCCAGCUCGGGGGCCGGCCCCCUCCCCCAGCUUCCCCGUGCUCAGGGGGGCAGGGCCCCUCCCCCAUCACAGGGGGCCGUAGCUUGGGCGUGACCUAGUUUUGGCAUCCGUGGCGCCCACCUCUGCUCCCCUCCUCCCAGCCCUGGUCCCCCAGAAGCAGCAGGUGACCUCGUUCUCCCAAGGCGGGGGUGGGGAGGGGGGCAGGGUGGAAACAGGUGUUUCGGUUUCACUGGGACCUGGCUCCGGCAGGUGUAAGCAGAUCCCAGCUCUGCGGAGGGGAAAGAGGGGCGGGGGGGGUCCCUUCUCGUGUACCCCGAGGGCUGGCGGGGAAUAAAGGCACCUCCACCCCCUGCAGCCGGUGUGUCGUGUUGGGGGGAGAGCACAGCAGGGGGAGGGCACGAGGGUGGGGGGCGGGGCUGCCAUGGUCGCCAUGACAACACCGGAUGCUUCUUAAGCGCCUCCCACGUGCCAGGCGCCUCACGAGGUGCUCACUGCGCGUGCGCUCGUCGUCUGGGGGCAUCAGCGGGGUCUUUGCGCAGCGCCCCCCGGGAACCCGCCCGGCGACGACCCCGAGACCGGAGGCGGGAGGCGCCGGGACCCGCCCAUCCUCUCGCGCC